CCUCGGCCAUGGCGGCGGCCGCCGCGUACGAGCUGCUGGUGCUGGGCGCGGGGUCGGGGGGGCUGGCGGGGGCCCGCCGGGCAGCGGAGCUGGGAGCCCACGUCGCCUUGGUGGAACCCAGCCGCUUCGGGGGCACCUGCGUCAAUGUUGGGUGCGUGCCAAAGAAGGUGAUGUGGAACGCAGCGGCCCAUGCCGAGUUCGCCCACGAUCACGCCGACUACGGCUUCGAAACGCCCGGCGUCAAGUUCAACUGGAGAACCAUUAAGGAGAAGCGCGAUGCUUACGUGAGGCGCCUGAACGAGAUCUAUGAGAACAAUUUAAAGAAGGCUCGCAUCGAUGUCAUUCGGGGCUACGGCAAGUUCACCGCCGAUCCCGAGCCUACCAUCGAGGUGAACAAGAAAAAGUAUACAGCUCCUCACAUCCUUAUAGCCACGGGUGGGCACCCGGCCAUCCCUCCUGACAGCGAAAUUCCCGGUGCCAGCCUGGGGAUGACCAGCGAUGGCUUCUUCGAGCUGGAGGAGCUGCCCAGGCGCAGCGUUAUCGUCGGUGCUGGCUACAUCGCGGUGGAAAUCGCGGGGAUCCUUUCCACCCUGGGCUCCAAGUCAUCCCUCCUGAUCCGGCAGGACAAGGUCCUGAGGACCUUCGACUCCAUGAUCAGCUCAAACUGCACCCAGGAGCUGGAGAACACCGGGGUGGACGUCUGGAAGCACACUCAGGUCAAGAUGGUCGCCAAGUCCCCUCGUGGGCUGCUGGAUGUGACGGUGACCUCCUCGGCGCCUGGCCACAAGCCGACGGAGGGAGUGAUCCGGGAUGUGGACUGCCUGCUGUGGGCCGUGGGGCGGGAGCCCAACACCAAGGAGCUGUGCCUGGACCGAGUGGGCGUGCAAGUGGAUGCCAAGGGCCACGUGGUGGUGGAUGAAUACCAGAACACCACCAGGAAAGGGGUCUACGCCGUCGGGGACGUCUGCGGGAGAGCUCUCCUCACCCCAGUGGCCAUCGCGGCUGGCAGAAAGCUGGCCCACAGGCUCUUCGAGGGCAAGCAGGACUCCCGGCUGGACUACUGUAACAUCCCCACCGUCGUCUUCAGCCACCCGCCCAUCGGCACUGUGGGCCUCACUGAAGAUGAAGCCGUGGCGGCGCACGGGAGGGAGAACGUGAAGAUCUACAGCACGUCCUUCACCCCCUUGUACCACGCUGUCACCCAGAGGAAGGUUAAGUGCGUCAUGAAGCUGGUGUGCGCUGGCAAGGAGGAGAAGGUGGUGGGAUUGCACAUGCAAGGGCUGGGCUGCGACGAAAUGCUGCAGGGCUUUGCCGUGGCCGUCAAAAUGGGGGCCACCAAAGCCGACCUGGACAACACCGUUGCCAUUCACCCCACUUCUGCUGAAGAGCUGGUGACGCUGCGCUGAGGCGGUGGGCGCAGGCAGCCCCAGGGACGGCAGCUGCAGCUGGGGAAAGAUGUUUUCUAUGUCUUCAAAAAUGCCUUAACGUCAGGCGGUUGCUUGGAGAGAGUGUCUUUAAAAUCAGCGUGGCUUGCUUUGGGGCAGGAAAAAAAUACAGAGAUGCUGGCAGGCCUCUGCCUUUUGCUUUAUGGUGCCUGUCACCCACUGUGCCCCACUGCCGAGGGUGGUGGCACGGGCCCUUGUCGUGGUUUGGGGGAAAGCUGCCGGUGGCCAGGCUCCUUCUCUACCAUCCGUGACGCCAGGGCUGCGCGGGGCAGGACAGUUGGGUGCUGGGGGUACUCGUGGGUGCUGGAGUAGCCCGGGCGGGCUCUGUCCUCCGCCGCAGGCUUGCGGAGGGGGUGCAUCAGCUGCAUCCCAGGGACUCCCAGAUCCCUGCCACUGCCCCAUCGCUGUCGGCCCUUCGUGGCCGCGGCUCUCAAGCUCUCAAAGCUCAAGGCAGCUGGAAGCAGCCGAGGGCAAAACUGGGCCGAGAGCCCUGGGGCACAGCACCGGUGCUGGCUGAUGAACUGCUGGCUUUGGCUUUGCUUUUGCUAGAAAUAAAUAGUUUGCGGGAAAUCAAA